AUGGCCAAGAGAGAAAUACUAAUCACCAUUUACAGCUUCGUCCUAGCCGUUGCUCUUGGCGCAAUCCCCGUGCUAGGCUUUGUCCACGGUGUGGUCGUGGGCAGCUUCCGUAGGGAAGCCAAAGUCCCCUACCCACACACCUAUGCUACAGUUGAGCAAUGUAACUCAAACCCCAAGGCUCACAAGUUCAACUGCGCUCAGCGCGCUCACGCCAACUUCCUCGAGAACGCCCCCCAAACUAUGCUCUUCACUCUUGUUGCAGGCCUGAAAUACCCGCAGCUUGCAACUACUCUGGGCGCCGCCUGGGUGGUUUGCCGCUGCCUUUUCCUGUACGGAUACGUGUUUACGGAUAAGCCUCAGGGUAACGGACGGUACAUGGGGGUUUUCUUCUGGUUUGCACAAGGAGCGCUCUGGGGAUUGAGUGCUUUUGGUGUUGGGAAGGAGUUGAUGUAA